UAUUUUGUUUGAACCAUUUGGUAACAAUCGGUAACAAGGUAGGGGAAUAUGAAUGGUUGGUGAUACCAUGAGAAGGUAACAAACAUAAAUACCAUGCUAUCAGCAAAGGAAAUGUUAUUGUUGCCAAAGUUGUCAUGUCUGCAUGAAUUUAAGUAAUCCCUUAGAUUGUUAUAGGCUGCCAGAAUAUAUCAUACAGGUCGUAUAUAGGCUAUAAAUUGAUGCAAGCUUGUUGCUCAUUUUAUGCCAGCCACGAGACUGACGCUUUUUUUGGAGAUCAGUUUGGCCCAGCACCAUCAUGAAGCCCAUAAUUUCGAACUCUUCAAUUGGAAAAUGUUCUGUUAUAUAGCCUUUAUUGACAGCAAAAACCUGCGACACAGGUGCAAAAAUGAUGACAGGUGAUGGAGGUCAUUGAGCAUCCCGUGGAGAAACUGCGCGCUGCGCUGAUCUCCAGUCGGCGUGACCUGGUUGAGCGCUAUUGGCAGUACAGUAAGGAAGAAAGAAAGGUUUUAGAGGACUGUCUUCGUCCGGACGGUGUUCUCUUUCGCCCUAUCAGCGUCCUCUCCGAUUCAGACUGGAACCGCGCGCGCGCAGAGGGAUCACAGGACUUCCAGAGCUUCUUUAGCAAUCCGUAUCGCAGCAGCCCAAGCAAAGGCCACCAUACUAUUUACAUACAGACCAUUGGUGACUUGCUGAGGUUUCUGAACAAGAGGAAGCUUAAAGAUGCUUUCUGCAUAGUAGGCAUAACCAUGAUUCACCUCUACCCUAAAGAGUCCUAGAAUUUUGUCUUUGGACAGGCCUCCCUCACAGAAGGAAUGGGAGUUUUCAGCUUUGCCAGGUACGAUGAUAACUUCUAUCGCCAUAAUUAUGCUGGUAGACUUAAGAAAUUGAGCAAUUGUACUUAUUGUACUUACCAGGUGAUUAAGCACAUAGUUGUGAGCCAUGAGAUUGGGCACAUGUUUGGCCUGAAGCACUGCCAGUGGCUCCAGUGUGUUAUGCAGGGCUCUGACCACUUGGAGGAGUCAGACCGCCACCCUCUGAGCCUCUAUCCCAUCUGUUUGUGGAAGCUGCAGUCCAGCGUUGGCUUUAAAAUAACUGACAGAUACAAGGCCUUGCUGCAGUGGGUUGAUGAUGAUGGAGGCAGUGUUGGUGAGCAGGCAGUCAAACCGACAGAGGCCUUCCAGGAGUACAAGCAGUGGCUUCUGAGGUGUUUGACUAUGCUAGAGUAGUACACUGAAUAUACCAUAGGCAGGUUGUUUCCUGUCAGUUUAGUGUGCUCACUAAGGUAAAGGGCUUCAAAAACUUUAAACAAAUGCAGCAUUUUAUGCCAAUUUUUGGUUUUCUCUUCGUGAAAUGAGAAUGUAUUGCACAGUUUUAGACAAAGAUGUAUCAUAUUUGUUUUAUUCAUAGAAUAAAUUCUUACAAAAUAUCACA